UUGUUUUGGACGCCAUGGAAGCAGCUCCGAGAAGCUCUCUUCUCCGGCGAAUGGUGGACUUCGACACGGCGCUCUCUCUUCGCAUCCACUCCUUCUUCCUCUUCGUUCCCCGUCCUCUCCUCAAGGCCUUAGAGAUCUCCGGCGAUGGCCGUCUCUGGUUCCCUCUCCUCCUCUCCCUCCUCCCCCUCACCCCGUCCUCCCCUUUUCCCACCGCCCUCCUCCUCGGUUCCCUCCUCGACCUUCUCCUCAUCGGCUUGCUCAAGCAUCUCAUACGCCGCCCCCGCCCCGUCUACAACAAAGGCAUGUCAUUGGCCUUCGCCGUCGACCAAUGGUCUUUCCCUUCCGGCCACUCCUCCCGCGUCCUCUUCUUCGCCUCCUUCCUCGCUCUCUCCUCCGCCUCCAUCGAUCUCGGAACCAGCUUCAUCUGGGAUUUCAUCCGAGGUGAGCCUGUGGAACUCGUUGUGUUUCUUGUGUUUUUGUGGUCGGCCACUACGUCGAUUUCUAGGGUUUUGCUUGGCCGCCACUUCGUGUUCGAUGUGGUCGCCGGCGCCGCGUUGGGGGUCCUUGAGGCCCUGUUUGUGUUCUCUUUCUUGAAUUUUGAGGCUCUUCAUGAAUAUUUGAGAGGGAAUUGGCUUCCCUCUUUGUGAUUUGAUAUAUUUGAGACAUUCUUGUUUGCUUAUAUUGAUAGAGAAUUAUUAUGAUUGAGAAUUUUAGUUUCAUCA